CACUUCCGGGUUUACGCAGCAGCGUCGGCGGCUAUGGCUGCAGUGCGAAGCCCGCGGGUGUCACUGAAGUCGGACAGCUAUUCUGACUGCUCGGAAUCUGUAUCCGACUCCGAAUCGGACAAGGAUGCUCGUGAAGCCGAGCCGAUGGAGGUGGAGGAGGGAGAAGUGGAGGCAGAAGAGGAGGAUGUGUCGGUGAGCCGCUCCCUGAAGGAGCUGCUGCCGGACAUGAGCCGGCGUUAUGAGAAUAAAGCUGGAGCGUUUAUCACUGGAAUUGAUGUCAACUCCAAGGAGGCCAUUGAGAGGAAGGAGAAGCGAGCGCGGCGCUUUCAUUUCAGAGGGGAAGUCAACUUUGGCCAAAGGAACGUUCUUUUAGAUAAAGACAACAUGAAGAAAGCUAUCCCCACACUGCGCCUGGAGGCCGUCCAUGUGACGGGGGUGGAUGACAUGAGCACUCAGGAUGUGUUCGGGUACUUUAAAGAGUACCCUCCGGCACACAUCGAGUGGAUCGACGACACGUCAUGUAACGUGGUUUGGUUGGAUGAUGAUACAUCCAUCCGAGCGCUCAUCAACACCAGCCGAAUGCCUGACCCGGAGGCUGUUGUCACGGAGAUGGGCAGCGCCAUCCAGUCCACUGAGCAAAGCAAAGGUCGACGGGAUCAAAGUUCAGAUGAUCACGAGGAAGAGGAGGAAGGUGAGGUGGACGAGGAUGAGGAGGAGCUGACUAAGAAGAGCAGUGAGGAGAUCGAGGGCAAAGAGAGUCAGGUGGAUGAUCUGUCGAAGGCUGAGAGAGAGUCUCUGCUGAGGAAUGACCUUCGACCUGCCAUCAAACCUUUUAAAGGAAACAGACUCUUCCUUCGUUUUGCCACUCAAGAAGAUAAGAAAGAACCAGGGGCCGCCAGGCGUAGCAGAUACUACAUGAAGUAUGGAAACCCAAACUAUGGUGGCAUGAAGGGGAUCCUCAGCAACUCUUGGAAGAGGAGGUACCACAACCGGCGUAUACAGCGUGAUGUCAUAAAGAGCAAGAAGCCGCUGAUUGGAGACAGCAUGGGGCAUACACCGCCAUACACCCAUCGGCACUCUGCUGACCUGGUCAACCUGCCUGAAGAGCCCAUCGAGGAGGAGGAAGAGGAGGAGGAAGAGGAGGCCAGCGAUGAGGACAUGGACUCAGACGACAGGGUGGUGGAGUACAGAGAACGAGGUGAUGGUGCCGGCUCCCGCCCACUGCCAGUGGGGCUCCGUACGCGGGCAGACCGCUCUCCGUCUCCCUGGUCAGAGUCCGAUGAGAUGGACUAUGACCUGGAGCUGAAGAUGAUCUCUACACCAUCUCCCAAGAAGAGCAAGAAGAUGACCAUGUACGCUGAUGAAUUGGAGAGCCACCUGAAGAGCAUCCGAAACAGGAUUGGAGUGACAGGAUCACAGAGCAAGACCAAAUCCACAUCGCCCAGCAAGGUGACUGAUAUACGGCAGCUGCUGGAGGAGAAAAGACAAGGCCUCAGUCAGGAUAGAGAGCGCCCCCAAGUGGCUGUCAGUGGAAAGACAGACGUAAAGCAGCGACUGGGGAAACGGCGUUACUCUCCCAGUAGACAGCGCUCGCCCUCCCCCGCCUCUCUACGGGAGAAGCCCCCGGCCCGAGAACGGAUGACAGAUGUGCAUCGCAGACUGGGUGUGGUUAGCCAGGACGGCCGGAGCCACUACUCGAGCUCAGCCAAAGACAGAAAGACAAGUGACCUGUGGAGCAGACUCGGCUCCGGGGACGAUGAUGUCAGCGUCAGGCGUCGUGAGCGGCGGUUGAGCAGCCGCCCGUCCGCCGGCAGGAGCGUCACGAGCGAUGGUAAGAGGAGCAGGAGGGGAGGGGAUGCAGAGGAAGAGGAGGAGGGGGAAGACGACUCCACACUGCAGAGGAUGUGGGGCGCCAUGAUCAAACAGAAACAGGACCGUCUGUCCCACAAGUCCAAGAAGAGCAUGCUGGACAACCUGCCGUCACUGCAGAUCGAGAUCAGCCGUGACACCAGCGACGACUCUGAUGCCUAAUCCCUGAAUGAUGGCGACUUCAGUUGGCAAGUAGUAGAAGCACAGAGGUGGGGCUUGGGUCCACAGAGGCGGGGCCUGCGUCCACAGAGGUGGGGCUUGGGUCCCACAGCUGACACUUUUCUCCAUUUAUAUAUUAAAGAUUCUCUGAACCUGAUUUUCACACCAAAAGCCUCCAACUCUUCAGUUUUUGUGCUCCUGAGGAAGCGAGGCCCUGUUCCAGGACGCCUCUGUAGUUCGGGGGACGCAGUGCCAUGCACGUGUGUCAUGGGAAUUAAAGUCUCCACAGCAACUCAGAUUCUCUCGUCUCUGUGGGUGGACCCAGCGAAUCAUCUUAUUUUACGUUUGUUUUUUAGAUGCCCAUCAGUCAAUCAUUCCUGCUGCUCACUGUGUUGGGAUGGAGGUUUGUUUGUUUUUACUGUGCAACAUGAAGCUGAGAAUUGAACCCUCAACCUCAGAGGCAGUUUUCCUGCCGUCUCCUUCCACACGUUCAACCACACAGGCCCAGUCUGACCUGACCGUGAGAGGUGUGUGUUUGUUGGGCUCUCUGAGUGUGGUAGCUGUAGCGCCUCCCUGUGGCUGAUGCAGGUGGUUGCUGAAGGUGAAACUAAACUCUGCUGUUCAAACAGAUGGAUCUGAUCAAACUGUUUUUCUUAUCACAGCUUUUAUUUUUUAUUUCACUCACUCACAGUUCUUUUUAAAGUUACAGUGAAAUGAAAAAAGAAUUGUUGACAUUUUUAGUCUCAUGUCUUUGUUGAAAUCUGAGUAAAUGUCAAAUAAUGUGCAUAAAACAACAUUCCAGCAGAGGGUGUUUUUGAUGAGCCCUGUCCUGUAAGGGGUGUCUCCAAGACUUCAUCCAGUCAAAUGUAAUGUGGUCACCAGGCUCCUCCCAUCACUCUUUUACCCUGUUAGCUGUAGCAGAUGGACUGACUGUUGCUAUCUGCUGGUGUGUGUUUGAAUGACAGCUGACAAAAACAUUUCCCAUAAUGCCACAGUUUUUGUUUAGAGCUGGCUUGUUCACAUCGUGGAAGAA